GUACAACCUUAAACGGCCGUUAAUAUCUUUUCGUCUAUUUGAAAGAUGAUCGCUUUGUUAUUAUUGUCGAAGAUACGUAGAAAGGUGACAAUAGCCACAGUAGUCUUGUUUAUCUGAACCAUCACUGCCGAUUACCGUUUGGAAAAAAUAACUAUUCCUGCUAUACAAAAAUCAAGAUACCUUAUUUACUUCGGUAGCAGGCUGUACAAAUAACCAAAGAGAAGGACAAAACCACCUGAAUCCAGCGAGAAAAAAAUACUUCCAAGAAAUUCGUACCCGAGUGUGUUGAUUUGAGAUAAACAGACGAGACGUGACUACGCGUUGGGGUCAGAUAUUUGCCACCUGAAAGUUCACGUGUCGUCUUCGACGGGCCAAGAAUUGUCCACUGGAAAGGAAACGGGAGCUUUUUCAUUUAACCUUGACAAAUAAGGAGCCGGAAACUUUGAAUUGUGGCUUAUGGAAUCAGAAAACGAAAAACUCACGGCAUCGCCGAGGUUGAAGGUCUUGUAGAAAUUGAAAUGCCUAGUCUUAGAUCACUCGUCGUACGACGAGCUCCUCAGAUAGAGAUGGGAGCUGCGACAAGUUCUGUGACGUCGAUAACUCCACUGAAAAAUGUUCCCGAUCAAAAGAAGGUUGACAAGUCAGACAAGUUCUCUGGUAUCAGGCUCGCCCUCCUUGGCAAAGAGUCGAGUUCCCUGAGUCUAGCUCCCGUCGAAAAGCCACUUCUUCCUGGCGGCGCAAACACGCCUCUGCUCAGACCCGAAAGCUGCGCAAGCCUCGAGGCCAAAGGUAGUUGGGUAAAUCUCGGUCCCGGAGUUUUACGCAAGUGUGAAACCACCGUCGGUCUCAGUACUCUCGCUCUCGAAGGCCGUCCUGUAAACCGCAGUAGAGUUUGCUCGCGGUGCUCCAGCCUGCUUUCCCUCGCUUCGAGUUCACGGUAUAGCCUUGCCGCUGGCAACUUCGUUCCUGCCUCAUCCCAGUCUAUCGCAGCUGGAAAACUCCGCUGUAAGCUGUGUCUCGUCGAUGUUCCAACAACGGAUACGACUAGGAUCGAAAGCUGCGGCUGUUCCUACUGCAAGGAUUGCAUGCAGUCAUACGCCGAAUUCGAGAUUAACGAAGGUGCUUACGAAAUAAGUUGUCCAGACGCACAAUGUGAACGUGGAGGAAUUCUCUCGCUAUCGGAGAUCAAAGAUCUAGUAACGCCUGAGCUGUUGGAAAAGCAUCAUAGGUUUCGACUUAACAGGGAUGUUUCCGUGGACAAGGGGCGAGCCUGGUGCCCAAGUCCAGGGUGCGAAACAGUGUGUUCUAUUGGUAACGAAGAUGGCGGCGCAGUUCUACUGGGUCCCGUUCACUGUCCCAGCUGUUCGACCGACUUUUGUUCGCUCUGUCGUGAGCCAUGGCACAACGGACCUUGUCCCGAAGUGCCGCCUGGAAUACCAAUAGACAACGAGCGUAUAAAAUGCUGCCCAAUGUGUUCCGUACCUAUCGAAAAAGACGAGGGAUGUGCCCAGAUGAUGUGCAAACGAUGCAAGCACGUAUUCUGUUGGUACUGCUUAGCCUCGUUGGAUGACGACUUCCUUUUGCGCCAUUACGACAAAGGACCGUGUAAAAAUAAACUCGGUCAUUCACGUGCCUCUGUUAUUUGGCAUCGGACUCAAGUGAUUGGAAUAUUUGCCGGAUUUGGUCUUCUGUUACUCGUAGCAUCGCCAUUGCUGUUGUUGGCCGCACCUUGUAUAGUGUGUUGCAAGUGUCGCGUGUGUGGUUCGUCGCGUCUUGAACAGGAAGAAGGUGUACCAGAAGACGCGCCAGCCUGAAUUUGUAAAUCAAAAAUUUUCUCAACCCAAAGCGAUUGUUGAAUUUAUCCCUCGAACGUUAUGCGGGUGAAUUAAAAAGAAAAAACUAUUAUAGUCUUUCAUUCUUCUUGGCAACUUAAAGUUUCCAAGAUUUUUGAACUUAGUAAUCUUGGGAGGUGUAGAUCUUGACUUGACUUGACUUUAGGUGGGUCACAAAAUCAAUGUAAGGGAUAUGGUUAAAAAAAAUUUUUUUUUUACUCUGUUUUCAAGUAAUCCGAUAAUUGUGUGUGUAUAUAAUAAUAAUCAUACAAGUUUUGAGUGAUGACAACGAAUAUAUAUAUAUGAAUUGGAGAAAAAUUGAUAUUACUAACGAGAGAAGAAAAAAAAGGAUUGAAAAGAAAAGAAGAAAACUGUACUUAUACGACGAAAAGUAUGUCAUGCCACUUACUCUGAAUAUACCUGGAUAAAAUUGACAACAAACAGUCGUUGCACUGACGAAUGAUUGUAGUUAUUAAUAUUUAAGUACCUAAUAUACAUAGACGUAUUAUCAAUUAUAAAUUGAGACACUGGUUCAAACGAGGGCAUAACGCGAAAAUUUCUAGAUUAGAUUUUUCUAUUAUUCUUUUCAAGUGAUUUUUAUUUCAGGGCUCAAAAAUGAUGAAAAUAACCUUUGUCGUGAUAAUAGAUAAAUACUCGGUAUGUAAAGUUGCGAAUUUCUCGGAAUCAAAGCUGAGAUAUCAGUAGAGAUAAGGGGAUAUUGAAAUAUUGACAUAGCUUGACUUCGUGAUGUUUUUUUUAUUCUUCGUAUAACUAGUUCAUAAAAAUCGGGAAAAAACGAACAUUUUACAUAUAUUCAUGGAAUGCGCUGUUAUAGGAUAAAAGGAGAGUCAAAUUGCCUAAUGUUUUUAAAAAGGAACACUUGUUGACAUGGAUUGCUAACAAUGUCCUAAUUAUGAUUUAUAAUUGUUUUUCGUUAUUGUUAUUUGUGUGAUUUUUUCUCCAUGUUUUUAUUGCAUAUUCUAGCUAAGGUAUUAAAAAUUAAGUGUUUCUGUAAUUGACUUCCUCGUUGUGGAAAAUAGAAAAGGAUAAAUUUAGUUUAAGUUUGCUAAAAACAUUUUCAAAAUUUGCUAAACAUUCAUUGUGCUUAGUGUUUUCAUUUCUAUGGUGAAAAGGAUUGCGAAGAUCUUGAAUGCUGGCUCAUUUUAAAGUGACACAUUCCAAGGAACCUAAUAAAUGAUGUAUAUUCAACACGCAUUUCUAGUCAAUGAAGCGGAUUGCGUGGAUCUUGAAAAUUGCAUUUCACUUUUGCGAUGUUACGCCCUUGUCCGACCUAGUCUCUCAAAUUCGUUUUUUUUUUUUUUUCUUUUAAAGUUCAACUUACGAUUCGCUUGACGAACAAUCUACUGAGAUGUAAUAUAUCGAAAAUAAAACUGUGACGCAGUUCUGACAAUGCAAUUUAUAUUAUGUGAUCAACGUUUACGAUAAUACUUGUUAUGGGAACGAAGUAGAAGAACAGAAAUGUGACUGACACAAGUUUAGCAUUAGUCGAUUGAUUGAUAAUGUACCUAUGUGAAGCAUUUUACAGUGGUAUCGUGUGAGUGUGUUCUACCUAGUUAUAUAGAACAUUGAAACCGACAAUUUUCAUCAACUUGUAGAAUAAUUCUUCUAAAUCGUUGACGGCUUACUUUAAUUAAUUCGCAUCUUAAAAAGUCUUACGCUUAAGCGUGUUAAUCGCGCGCAUACAAAAAGGUCGUGCUUCGCGGUAUUGUUAAUCGAAUGGUGACCACAAGUUGACGAAACCUAGCAAUCCCGGAAAUGUUAGAGAAGAUAUUCGGUUUUUGUUUGGUGCAUAAAGCUGUAUUUAGAGCCAACCGCAUGCGUAAUUUGAUUGUGCGGAAUUACAAAAACAAACAGUGUUUAUCAGGUUUGGUAAAAUAAAAACUUGAUUUUUAGCCAGGUAAAAUUUAUCUUAUUUUUCGGUUUAUUGAAUCAGGUUUACAUGCAUACAAUAUGGAAAUGCUUGUAUGUAUCCGAUACAUUAAAUUUCAAUUACAUCGAAUCAUCCAAGUCUUUUGUGCACUCUUGGAUUUACAGGGGGAUGCACUUCAGAGAGUAUUUUCAAAUAGAUUUUGUGGUCAUCGUGUGUAAAAUUUGAGUAAUUCAAUUUACCGAAUGUAACUGACAAAGGCUUUUGGCGUCAGUGUUACUAAAUCUUAGCACGUCUUGUUUGAAAGAAUAAAAACAAAAAAGUAUAUGUAUAUGUAUGAAUUGUGUGAUAAUUGUUAGGGGAUUUGCGUUCCGGUUCAGUAAAAGGAUUUUGUUAUUGAGGGGAUUAAAAAA